GGAAAAAAAAAAAAAAAAACUGACGUGAAAUAUGCUGCUAUAUUAGGAGAUAGUGGAGGGGAGGUAGUAGCCAAAAACUACUGAUAUCCAUGCACAGCGUCUUCAUAGUCAACCCAACAACUCCUCUAAUUAACAAAAAGCUUUCUCUUCUUCGUCUUGGUUUUUUUGGCUCUCUCAGUCACUCUCUCUCACUUUGUUUUCUCUUUUUCUCUGUCUUUUCUCUGCAAUUCCAUGCUAAUUUUUUAGCACUGACGAUGGAGAAACUGAAAUCGUGAGUUUCAAAUAAAAGAGCAUAAGAAAAAAGAUAAACCCAUUAAAGAACAAGAGAGAAAGAGCCAAAAAAAAAAAAAAGAAACUGAUAACCCUACUCUUCAGAAUUCACUGGUGUUUUUGUUUUCGUGUUGGGUUUUUUCCUUUUACCUUUUGCUCUAUUCAGGCCUUGUUAGUACUAACAUCGACAGAGGAGAAGAAGAAAAUCCUUCCUUUGCCUUGAAAGGUUAAUUCUUUGAAUCAACGGCAGUUUCUGGUUAAAAAUCCAAUCCUUUCAGUUCAACAAUAAUACCAAUUUUCAAUUGAUGCUCUGAAAAUGAUCUAGAGCAAGAAUCAGCUAGUGAAGGUUUAGAUUUCAAUAAUGGCAGACUGUGACACUACUCUUUCAUCUGCAACAGAUAAGCAGCAGAAGAAGCCCACAUCAUUUCCUAGGUUGUUAACUGGUUUUACUUUAAAAGCUUUUUCUGAUAAUACUGAGGCUAUAAUAAGCCCAACUUCUAUACUUGAUAGCAAGCCCUCUUCAGCAUUCAAAAACCCAUUUUGGUCUGAAUCAAGCACCCCCAAAAUCCCAGAACCUGAAACUAGACACAAACUUGACUCAAAAGGGAUUGGUCUUGGCAUUGUUGAUGCUCUCAGAGAUGAUGGUUUUGAUUCCAACUUGUCAAAACCUGUCCUGUUUGGUUCACAACUUAGGAUCCAAAUUCCAUCUCUGCCUCCUGUUUUUUCUCCGGCAGAAUCUCCUAGAACACCUCCUGAGUUUGGUAUCAAGACAAGGAAUUCUCAAUUGAGUUCAUUUUCUUCUGGCUUGUCUCCUUCUCCUGUGAGGAAAAGCAUUGAGACCUUGAAUUCUCCUAGGGCCUUCACUGGGAAUCUGUCUGCUACUGACAUGGAACUCUCAGAAGAUUACACCUGUGUAAUAUCUCAUGGGCCUAAUCCAAGAACCACCCAUAUUUUUGAUAAUUGCAUUGUUGAGAGCUGUUGUGGGGUUGUUGGGUUCUCUUCUUCAAAGAAGGAUAAUGGAUUUUUAGGUGAUAGAUCAAGUUAUCAAUCGGAGAGUUUUCUCAGCUCUUGUUACACUUGCAAGAAGAAUCUUGGUCAGGGAAAAGACAUUUUCAUAUACGGAGGGGAGAAAGCAUUUUGCAGCAUUGAAUGCCGUUGCCAAGAGAUGAUGCUAGAGGAAGGGAUAGAUAAAUUGGAAUCAGAUGAUGUCUUUGGGACUUGUUCUUGACAGUUUCUUAAUUUUGCUUGUCGUUUUUCUUUCCUUUGAAGAAACAGCUAAGAAAAAAAAAAAAAAAAAACCUGCUCCACAACUUUGUUUACAGA